GUUUGAUCGCCUUUGCGAACGGUUCGAAUCGUCGAAGUCGCCGUGUAGUUCUGUGUUGAAGCACCAAGCAGGGUUCGAGUGGGUUUUCACUAGCAAUACACGGAGCAUCGUACAAGAUGGGAAAUCCGCUGUGGUCCGUUAUCUGGCUGAUCGUGCUGAUCGUGGUCGGUUUCUGGGUGGCGUUCUUCUGCGCCGGCUGGUACGUCAUCUUCUAUCCGCUAACUGUGUGCGUGCCGGACAUAUCGGUCGUGUCGGACUUCCUUCUGAUGGGGGCACAAUUCACACACUUCUGCGCCAAGUCCAUGAUGGAGGGAAAAUCUCUGUUCUAAGCCGCUCGAAGCGGGUCCGGUAUGGACGGUGAAUUUAUUUGACCAUUUACUGCGUAAGCCAGCGGAAGUGCAGACACCCAAGGAUGUCGACCGCAACCAGCGUUGCCUUACUUCCUCCUAGCUGCAUUGAUUAACAUUAUGUUUGUAAGUUUAAAGUUUAUCGCCGGGUGCGUACACGGUUGAGCAAUAAAACGGAAUUGUGUUCACACUUAACAGUA